GGGCUGCUCCAUCGGUGCGUCUCCUCCUUGGGCUCCUUGCUGUGGACCAUGUGUGAGUGUCUGCGUGGAAUAUUCAGAGUCACCUGGACGCCCUCCUCCAAUGCAGACUCUGACAGAGACCAAGAGGACAGCCAUGCUUCCAACCAGACCAGAGAACCAGUCGUAAAAGACAAGAGGCGGUCUCCCCCGUUUGCCAGGUCCCCUUCUGCCCCUCAACGCAACCCUCACCACAGCAGCUCCACAGACGAACAGGAGAGCCCCGAGAGAGUGGUGCAGAAGGAGAAACUCCAUGCAGAGUUGAAGCAGGUGUUGAGUCAGAAGAGAAGUCAUCUCAGAGAGUCGUCCUGCCAACUGGCCCAAUCCGAGAUGGACUCGGAGCCAACAGACGAACAGAAAAUCGUGGAGGAGGCCUCCGAGUCGGUGGAAAUCGUGGUGGAGACGGAGGCGGAGGCUGGAGCCAGCGGCUACAGCGUGACAGGUGGAGGAGAACGAGGAAUAUUUGUUAAAGACGUCCUCAGAGACUCUCCAGCUGCUAAACACCUCAGUCUACAGCAAGGUGACCAGCUGCUGAGUGCCAAAGUCUACUUUGACAAUGUGAAGUAUGAGGACGCCUUGAGGAUCCUUCAGUGUGCAGAGCCAUAUAAAGUCAGCUUCCAGCUGAAGAGGACCAUCCCCGGAGCAGAGGUCUACGUGCGGCCUAGAGUUCCCAGUGUGGAGGUCAAAGGUCCCAAGGCCAAGCAGCCCAAAAUGAGUGUAAAGGGCGCCAAGACAUUCAAGGUCAAGAAGAAGAGAGGUGGUCGCUUUGGGCUCAAGAGGCUGAAGGAGAAGCGCAGAGAGGAGCUGGUGGUGGAGGGAACGCCGCCCAGGCUGGAGAUGAGUGACGUGGACGUGGAGUUUUCUCUCCCCAAAUUCAAACAGAGGAAAGGUGUGAAGAUCGAAGGAGAAGCAGGAGCAGUGGGGAAGGCAAAAACGAAGAUCAGGUUCCCCCAUAUGAAAACAAAGGGUUACGCUGGAGCUGACACUGGAGGAAAAGUGGAAACAGGACAACUUGAGGGCCAGGUGAAUAUAUCUCCACCUGAGUUAUCUGGAGCUAAAGUGAAGGCCAAAGGAAAAGGACACAAGUUUGGGAUCGGAUUCCCUAAAACCAAGCACACAAAGUCAGACUCUACUCUAGAAACCGGAUCUGUGGAGCUGAAGCCUCCAGGUGUGAGCAUCCAGCGACCAGCAGUGGAGUUCAGUUUGUCUGGGGACAAAGAUGUAGAAGUGGAGAAGGGAGGGAGGUUCAGCACACCUGAUGUGGAGUUUGCCCUCCCUUCAGGAAAAGCUGAGGCAGAAAUCAAAGCUCCUAAAGUGGACAUCAAAGGAGGAGCUGAGGGAAAAGUAGACGCAGGCAAAGGGGAUGCAAAAAUCCGAAUGCCAAAGCUGAAACUACCCAAAGUUAGACUCUCUCGUCACUCGGACGAGAUCGACGGUGACAUCAAGGUUAAAGCUGACGUAAAACCUCCAAAAGUAGACAUCAAAGGAGGUGGUGAGAUUAGCCUCCCCAAAGCAAACAUCACUAAACCAAAGGUGGAAGGUGCAUCUAUUCAAAUGCCUUCCGUUGAUAUCUCUUUACCCAAAGUGAAGGGAAAGUCUGACAUGGACAUUUCACUCCCAGAGGUUGAAGGAGCUGGGAAGACCGCAAUCAACAUGCCUGCCAUCGACAUCUCUGUGCCUGAUGUUGACUUGGAAAUCAACCCUGGGCGGAGAAUACCUGAUGAAGUGGAGGGCACAUUUAAAGGGCCCAAAAUCUCCAUGCCAAAGGUCGACAUCUCGCUACCGAAGAUGGGAUCACCUGAUGUGGAUAUUGAAUGUACUGGAGGUGGAGGGAAAAUGAAACUACCCUCUGCUGACAUCUCUGUCCCACAGGUGAAAGCAGAUGGUGGCGAUAUCAAUAUUGACUAUUACGUUGGUGGCGAUGGGAAGUUCAAAAUGCCUGAUUUUGACAUAUCACUCCCAAAGAUGAAGUCACCGGAAGGAGAUGUAAAUAUAAAGGGACAAGAUGUGGAAGGGGGGUUCAAGUUGCCUAAAGUUGACCUUUCCCUUCCCAAGGGCAAAGCAGGGACAACGGAUAUUGAAGGUGGAGGAAAGUUUCAGUUGCCUUCACUUGACAUCUCACUCCCUAAAAUUAAGGCAGGUGAGGUGGAUGUUGACAUCGAAGGUCCUGGAGUGAAAGGUGGCAAAUUUGAAACGCCUUCCCUUGACGUUUCUCUACCCAAAGGCAAGUUGGAAGGAGACAUUGACGUAGAGGGACCUUCCGGGAAGGGAGGGAAAUUCAGAAUGCCUUCUUUUGAUGUUUCUUUACCAAAGCUGAAACAACCAGAGGGUGAUAUGCCGUCACUCAAUGUCAAACUCCCUAAGAUUGAAACAUCUGGAGCUGAGGUUGACCUUCAAGGACCUGAUAUUAAAGGAGGAAAAUUUGAGAUGCCAUCAGUUGAUGUGUCUCUACCAAAAGGUAAAGGUGAGGUAGACAUCGAGGGAAAGGGAGGCAAAUUUAAAAUGCCGUCAUGUAGCAUAUCCCUUCCAAAGAUGAAGUCACCCGAGGGAGAGUUUGUUUUGGAGGGACCUGAAAUCAAAGGUGGAAAUUUAGAGGGCGAUCUUAACAUCGAUGGCACUAAAGUAAAAGGAGGCAAGUUCAACAUGCCCUCUGUGGAUGUUUCUCUCCCAAAAAUGAAGCUACCUGAAGGAGAUGUGACACUUGAAGGUCCCGAACUUCCCAAUGUUGACUUUUCGCUUCCCAAACCAAACACUGAGGGCAAUAUUGAGCUCAAGGGCAGCGGUGGCAGCAAGUUUAAGAUGCCAACUUUUGACAUCUCCCUCCCAAAGGUGAAAACCAAAGAGGGAGAAGUUGAAAUCGAAGGACCGGAUAUUAAAGGAGGAGGGAAGUUCAGCAUGCCGUCAUUGGACGUCUCCCUGCCUGCAAUGAAGUUACCAGAGGGAGAGGUCAAAAUCGAAGGCCCUGAAGCCAAAGGAGGAAAGUUCCAGAUGCCUUCUUUGGAUGUGUCACUACCUCACAUCAAAACACAAGGAGCUGAUGUCGACAUUAAAAGUCCUGAGUUUGAGGUUAAAUCACCAGAGGCAGAUAUAGAUUUGCCCUCAGGCAAAGGAAGCAAGUUCAAAAUGCCUUCCUUUGAUGUAUCCCUACCAAAGAUGAAGAUGCCUGAGGGAACUGUUAGCCUUAAGGGACCUUCAGUGGAUGUCGCUCUUCCAAAAGGAAAAGUAGAAGGUGACAUAAAGACUAAAAGUGAAGGGGGACAUUUUGAUAUAACCUCAGUUGAUGUUUCACUCCCUAACAUAAAAUCAAAGCGAGGUGACAUCAACAUUGAGGGUCCAGACAUAAAAGGUGCCAAAAUUAAAAUGCCAACUAUUGACAUCUCACCUCCUCAAGGGACGAUGGAAGGAGAUAUCUCUGUUCAAGGUGAAGGAUGUCUCCCAUCUGUAGACAUCAGCCUUCCUGCUGUAAAAGUUCCAGAAGGAGAUGCAAAUUUUCAAGGCCCAAAAGUUAAGGCCGGAAAGUUUGAAAUGCCAAAAAUUGACCUCUCACUUCCUAAAGGAAAAGUACAUGGAGACAUUGAUAUUGACAUUCAUUCUGGAAAAGACGGAAAUUUUGAAAACCCAUCCUUUGAUGCAAGACUUCCCAAAGGAAAAGUCAGCGCUGACAUAAAUGUUAAGGGGCCAGAAGGAAAAGGUGGAAAAUUCAAAAUGCCUAAAUUUGACGUUUCUCUUCCAAAAGUGAACCUCCCAGAGGGUGAUGUCAAACUGGAAGGACCCGAGAUUAAAGGAAAGGUGGAAAUGCCAACUGUUGAUAUUGAGGGUCCUGAUGGGAAAGCAGGAAAAACAAAAAUGCCAAAGUUUGACAUUUCUGUACCAAAGGUAAAUUUUCCAGAGGGCGAUGUCAAAUUAAAAGGACCAGACUUGAAGGGCAGAAAGAUUGAGAUGCCAGACAUUGACAUUUCACUCCCAAAAGGAAAAGCAGGAGGAGAAAUUGAAAUUGAAGGACAUACUGGUAAAGGAGGAAAGUUCCACAUGCCCUCUAUUGGUAUAUCUCUUCCUAAAAUGAAAGCUAAAGGACCGGAGAUAAAUGUUGAAGGUCCUGAGGUUAAAGGCGCUUCCCUGCCCAAAAUAAAAUCUCCAGAUGUAGAUGUCAGUCUUGGGGGUACUGAUAUUAAAGGAGGAAAGGUCAAAAUCCCAACUGUUGAUGUUUCUCUACCAAAGGUUGAGGGUGACAUAAAUGUCGAAGGCCCUGAGGUAAAAGGCGGGAAAUUCAAAAUGCCCAAAUUUGAUGUUUCUUUACCAAAUGUAAGUCUCCCAAAAGCUGACUUGAAUGUGGAAGGACCCGAUGUGAAAGGAAAUAUUGAAAUCCCAGCCGCUGAUAUCUCACUUCCAAAAGGAAAGGCCGAUGUUGAUAUUGACAUUGAUGGACACACUGGUAAAGGAGGCAAGUUUAAAAUGCCAACAUUUGAUAUCUCUCUCCCUAAAAUGAAAACAAAGGGAAUUGAUGUUGAUAUUGAAGGACCAGAACUUGAAGGGGACAUUUCAAUCCCAAAAGGAAAAGUUGAGGGUGGCCUUGAUGUUGAAGGUCCUGAAGUAAAGGGUGGCAAGUUCAAAAUGCCAACAUUUGAUGUGUCUUUACCAAAAGUGAGUCUCCCAGAGGGCAACAUCAAAAUAAAGGGCCCUGAUAUGAAGGGUGGGAAGACAGAGAUGCCAGAUGUAGAUAUUUCCCUCCCCAAAGGAAACGUUGAGGCGGACCUCGAUAUUGAAGGACCUGAGAUGAAGGGAGGCAAAUUUAAAAUGCCCAAAUUUGACUUGUCUUUACCAAAGGUCAGUCUCCCAGAGGGUGGUGUCAAAAUAAAAGGCCUGGACAUUGAAGGUGGAAAGAUGGAUUUGCCAGAUGUUGACAUUUCACUCCCUAAAGGAAAAGGAAAAGCUGAGGGUGACCUUGAUAUUGAAGGCCCAGAGAUGAAGGGAGGCAAAUUCAAAAUGCCCAAAUUUGAUGUAUCUUUGCCAAAAGGUAGUCUUCCAGAGGGUGACGUCAAGAUAAAAGGUCCGGACAUCAAGGGAGGAAAGAUUGAGAUGCCAGACAUUGACAUUUCACUUCCCAAAGGAAAAGCAGAAAUUGAAGGACAUGCUGGCAAGGGAGGCAAGUUCCAUAUGCCCUCUUUUGGUAUAUCUCUCCCUAAAAUGAAAGCCAAAGGACCAGAAGUCAAUGUGCCAGAUGUUGACCUUUCUCUCCCCAAAGGAAAAGUUGAUGCUGACCUCAAUAUUGAGGGUCCAGAGGUAAAGGGAGGAAAAUUCAAAAUGCCCAAACUGGAUGUUUCACUUCCAAAGAUGAACCUGCCAGAGGGUGAUAUGAAACUUGAAGGACCUGAUGUUAAAGUGCCAGCCAUUGAUAUCUCACUCCCCAAAGGAAAAGUUGAGGGCGACCUUGAUAUUGAGGGUCCUGAGAUGAAGGGAGGCAAAUUUAAAAUGCCAACAUUCGAUAUCUCUCUUCCUAAAAUGAAAACAAAGGGAGUUGAUGUUGAUAUUGAAGGACCUGAAUUUAAAGGGGACAUUUCGCUCCCUAAAGGAAAUGUUGAGGGUGACCUUGAUAUUGAAGGUCCUGAGAUGAAGGGAGGCAAGUUUAAAACGCCUAAAUUUGACAUGUCUUUGCCAAAAGUGAGUCUCCCAGAAGGUGGUGUCAAAAUAAAAGGCCUGGACAUUGAAUGUGGAAAGACUGAGAUGCCAGACGCUGAAAUUUCACUCCCUAAAGGAAAAGUUGAGGGAAACCUUGAUAUUGAAGGUCCUGAGAUGAGGGGAGGCAAGUUUAAAAUGCCCAAAUUUGAUGUAUCUUUACCAAAAGUUAGUCUUCCAGAGGGUGAUGUCAAAAUAAAAGGUCCAGACAUCAAGGGAAGAAAGAUUGAGAUGCCAGACAUUGACAUUUCACUUCCCAAAGGAAAAGCAGGGGAAGUAGAAAUUGGAGGACAUGCUGGCAAAGGAGGCAAGUUCCAUAUGCCCUCUUUUGGUAUAUCUCUCCCUAAAAUGAAAGCUAAAGGACCAGAAGUCAAUGUGCCAGAUGUUGACCUUUCUCUCCCCAAAGGAAAAGUAGAGGCUGACCUCAACGUUGAAGGUCCAGAGGUAAAAGGAGGAAAAUUCAAAAUGCCCAAACUGGAUGUUUCACUUCCAAAGAUGAAUCUGCCAGAGGGUGAUGUCAGACUUGAAGGACCUGAUGUUAAAAUGCCAACCAUUGAUGUCUCACUCGAUAAAGGAAAAGUUGAGGGCAACCUUGAUAUUGAAGGCCCUGAGAUGAAGGGAGGCAAGUUUAAAAUGCCAACAUUUGAUAUCUCUCUUCCUAAAAUGAAAACAAAGGGAAUUGAUGUUGAUAUUGAAGGACCUGAAUUCAAAGGAGAUAUUUCACUCCCUAAAGGAAAAGUUGAGGGUGACAUCGAUAUUGAAGGCCAUGAGAUGAAAGGAGGCAAGUUUAAAUUGCCCAAAUUUGACAUGUCUUUGCCGACAGUGAGUCUCCCAGAGGGUGGUGUCAAAAUAAAAGGCCUGGACAUUGAAGGAGGAAAGACUGAGAUGCCAGAAGUAGACAUUUCACUGCCUAAAGGAAAAGUUGAGGGUGGCCUUGAUAUUGAAGGUCCUGAGAUGAAGGGAGGCAAGUUUAAAAUGCCCAAAUUUGAUGUAUCUUUACCAAAAGUGAGUCUUCCAGAGGGUGGUGUCAAAAUAAAAGGCCUGGACAUCGAAGGCAGAAAGACUGAGAUGCCAGACAUUGACAUUUCACUUCCCAAAGGAAAAGCAGGGGAAGUAGAAAUUGAAGGACAUGCUGGCAAGGGAGGCAAGUUCCAUAUGCCCUCUGUUGGUAUAUCUCUCCCUAAAAUUAAAGCUAAAGGACCAGAAGUCAAUGUGCCAGAUGCUGACCUUUCUUUCCCCAAAGGAAAAGUUGAUGCUGACCUCAACGUUGAGGGUCCUGAGGUAAAAGGAGGAAAAUUCAAAAUGCCCAAACUGGAUGUUUCACUUCCAAAGAUGAAUCUGCCAGAGGGUGAUGUCAGACUUGAAGGACCUGAUGUUAAAAUGCCAACCAUUGAUGUCUCACUCCCUAAAGGAAAAGUUGAGGGUGACCUUGAUAUUGAGGGUCCUGAGAUGAAGGGAGGCAAGUUUAAAAUGCCCAAGUUUGACGUUUCUUUGCCGAAAGUGAGUCUCCCAGAGGGUGGUGUCAAAAUAAAAGGUCUGGACAUUGAAGGAGGAAAGACUGAGAUGCCAGACAUUGACAUUUCACUCCCUAAAGGAAAAGUUGAGGGUGACAUUGAUAUUGAAGGCCCAGAGAUGAAGGGUGGCAAGUUUAAAAUGCCCAAAUUUGAUGUGUCUUUGCCGAAAGUUAGUCUCCCAGAGGGUGAUGUCAAAAUAAAAGGCCCAGAAAUGAAGCCUGGGAAGAUUGAGAUGCCAGACAUUGAUAUUUCACUUCCCAAAGGAAAAACAGGAGGAGCAAUUGAAAUUGAAGGAAAUGCUGGUAAAGGAGGAAAGUUCCAUAUGCCCUCUAUUGGUAUAUCUCUUCCUAAAAUGAAAGCUAAAGGACCAGAGGUAAAUGUUGAAGGAGGAAAGCUGAACACGCCAUCCCUUGACGUUUCCCUGCCCAAAAUAAAAUCUCCUGAUGUAGAUGUCAGUCUUGGGGGUACUGAUAUUAAAGGAGGAAAGGUCAAAAUCCCAACUGUUGAUGUUUCUCUACCAAAGGUUGAGGGUGACAUAAAUGUCGAAGGCCCUGAGGUAAAUGGCGGGAAAUUCAAAAUGCCCAAAUUUGAUGUUUCUUUACCAAAAGUAAGUCUCCCAAAAGCUGACGUCAAUGUGGAAGGACCAGAUGUGAAAGGAAAUAUUGAAAUCCCAGCCGCUGAUAUCUCACUUCCAAAAGGAAAGGCCGAUGUUGAUAUUGACAUUGAUGGACACACUGGUAAAGGAGGCAAGUUUAAAAUGCCAACAUUUGAUAUCUCUCUCCCUAAAAUGAAAACAAAGGGAGUUGAUGUUGACAUUGAAGGACCAGAACUUGAAGGGGACAUUUCAUUCCCAAAAGGAAAAGUUGAGGGUGGCCUUGAUGUUGAAGGCCCUGAAGUAAAGGGUGGCGAGUUCAAAAUGCCAACAUUUGAUGUGUCUUUACCAAAAGUGAGUCUCCCAGAGGGCAACAUCAAAAUAAAAGGCCCUGAUAUGAAGGGUGGGAAAACAGAGAUGCCAGAUGUAGAUGUUUCACUCCCCAAAGGAAACGUUGAGGCGGACCUUGAUAUUGAAGGUUCCGAGUUGAAGGGAGGCAAAUUCAAAAUGCCAAAAUUGGAUAUUUCUUUGCCAAAGGUCAGUCUCCCAGAGGGUGACGUCAAAAUAAAAGGCCCAGACUUCAAGGCUGGCAAAAUUGAGAUGCCAGACAUUGAUAUUUCACUUUCCAAAGGAAAAGCCAGAGGAGGAAUUGAAACUGAAGGACCUGCUGGCAAACUUCCAUCAGUCAAACUACCAACAGUUGACAUUUCAGCUCCAAAGGUCGAUCUAGACUUUGGCCUAACUAAAUCUAAAGGUGAUGAUGUAGAAGUGGAGCUUCUGAAAGCAGAGGGAGGUAGGCCUUCUUCAGGGGGCAGCUUCGAUCUACCCAAUGUGUCCCUCAAAGUGCCUAGUUUUACUCUCCCUAGAUUUGGCGGAAAGUCAAAGAGCGGUGAUUUGGGAUUAUCAGGGCCCAAGGGAGAUGUUUCCCUCAGUCUACCACACAUGGAAGGAGAGGUUAGGGCACCAUCAGUAGAGUUUGACGGAGAUGGAAAAGUCAAGGCAAAGAAACCUAAAUUCAAAAUGCCCUCAUUUGGAUUUUCCAGAAGGGAUGCAGAUGUAUCAGUGUCUUGUCCAGAUGUGGAUGUUAAAAUGAAAAGGGGCGAAAUUGACGUUCCUAAACCGGAAAUCAAUGUUGAGGGCCCAGAUGUAAAGUCAAAAUACAAAAUGAAAUUUCCCAAGUUUAAAAUGUCAUCACCAAAGGGUAAACUCCCAGAGGGAGAGCUUGGUGGAAAACUGGAAGCAGAUGUAGAAGGUAAAGGUGGCCUCCAUGCACCGGAUGUCACGCUCAAACUGCCUAAGUUCUCCAUGCCGGGAUUUGGCUCCAAAGAAAAGGAUUUGGGAAAGCCAAGUGGUGAGCUUGAGGCCAAAGCCAAGGUCAAGAUGCCUUCUGUUGAGCUGUCACUGCCAGCAGCUAAAACACCAGAGACAGAGGUUCUUCUGCCCAAAGCUGAAGUUGAUGUUUCUGAUGCUGAUAUCAGAGGAUAUGAGGGAAACCUUAAAAUUCCCAAAAUGCCAACAAUUGAUGUUUCGCUCCCCAAAAUAGACCUGGAUGUGGCCCUGCCAAAAGGGAAGUCACCAAAGAUUGAAGGACCAGACGUGGAGCUAAAAGGAAGUGAAGGAAAGUUCAAACUGCCUCAUAUAUCAAUGCCAUCAAUUGACAUGUCUCUUCCUAAAGGCAAAUCUGGAGACCUUCAUGCACCAGAUGUUGAAAUUGAGGGAGGAGGCAAGUUGGACAUGCCACAUAUAAAAAUGCCUCAUUUAAAAAUGCCCAGCAUUGACAUCUCUCUUCCUAAAGGAAAACUCAAAGGUCCUGAUGGUCCUGAAAUAGAGAUGGAAGGACAAGGAGAAGGAAAAUUCAAAAUGCCUUACAUGAAAAUGCCAGAUGUUGACAUGUCUCUGCCUGAAGAAAAAUUUGAGGGUCCAGAGGUGGAGAUUAAAGGAAAAGGCGGAAAAUUCAAAAUGCCACACAUUAGCAUGCCUUCUGUUGACAUUUCACUGCCCAAGGGAAGGACUGAAGGUCCAGAUGUUGAUAUAGAAGGAAGCAGUGGAGGAAAAUUCAAAAUGCCUCAUUGGAAAAUGCCAAAUGUUGAUUUAUCUCUCCCAAAAGGACAUAUUGAAGGUCCAGAAGUAGAAUUACAGGGAGAUGCAGGAGGAAAAUUCAAGGUGCCAGAUCUUGAUGUUUCAGUGCCCAAGGGUAAGAUUGAAGGUCCAGAGAUUGACAUCAAAGGAGUAGGUGGAAAAUUCAAGAUGCCAACACUUAGCAUGCCCUCUGUUGACAUUUCACUACCCAAAGGAAAGAUUCAAGGUCCAGAUGUCGACGUCUCUCUGCCUAAAGGAAAAAUUGAAGGUCCAGAUGUUGACAUCUCCCUGCCUAAAGGAAAAGUUGAAGGUCCAGAAGUGGAGAUUAAAGGAGAUGCAGGAGGAAAAUUCAAAAUGCCACAUAUGAAAAUGCCACACAUUGACCUUUCACUGCCCAAGGGGAAGAUUGAAGGUCCAGAUGUUGACGUCUCUCUGCCUAAAGGAAAAGUUGAAGGUCCAGAUGUGGAGAUUAAAGGAGAAGGAGGAAAAUUCAAGAUGCCACAUAUAAAAAUGCCACAUGUUGAUCUUUCACUACCCAAGGGGAAGAUUCAAGGUCCAGAUGUUGACAUCUCCCUGCCUAAAGGAAAAGUUGAAGGUCCAGAGGUGGAGAUAAAAGGAGAAGGAGGAAAAUUCAAAAUGCCACAUAUUAGUAUGCCUUCUGUUGACAUUUCACUGCCCAAGGGGAAGAUUGAAGGUGCAGAUGUUGAUGUCUCUCUGCCCAAAGGAAAAGUUGAAGGUCCAGAUGUGGAAAUUACUGGAGAUGCAGGAGGAAAAUUCAAAAUGCCACAUAUGAAAAUGCCACAUGUUGGUCUUUCAUUACCCAAAGGGAAGAUUGAAGGUCCAGAUGUUGACAUCUCCAUGCCUAAGGGAAAAGUUGAAGGUCCAGAUGUGGAGAUUAAAGGAGAAGGAGCAAAAUUCAAGAUGCCACAUAUUAGUAUGCCUUCUGUUGACAUUUCACUGCCCAAAGGGAAGAUUCAAGGUCCAGAUGUUGACAUUUCUCUGCCCAAAGGAGAAGUUGAAGGUCCAGAUGUGGGGGUCAAAGGAGAUGCAGGAGGAAAAUUCAAAAUGCCACAUAUGAAAAUGCCACACAUUGACCUUUCACUGCCCAAGGGGAAGAUUGAAGGUCCAGAUGUUGACGUCUCUCUGCCUAAAGGAAAAGUUGAAGGUCCAGAUGUGGAGAUUAAAGGAGAAGGAGGAAAAUUCAAGAUGCCACAUAUAAAAAUGCCACAUGUUGAUCUUUCACUACCCAAGGGGAAGAUUCAAGGUCCAGAUGUUGACAUCUCCCUGCCUAAAGGAAAAGUUGAAGGUCCAGAGGUGGAGAUAAAAGGAAAAGGAGGAAAAUUCAAAAUGCCACAUAUUAGUAUGCCUUCUGUUGACAUUUCACUGCCCAAGGGGAAGAUUGAAGGUGCAGAUGUUGAUGUCUCUCUGCCGAAAGGAAAAGUUGAAGGUCCAGAUGUGGAAAUUACUGGAGAGGCAGGAGGAAAAUUCAAAAUGCCACAUAUGAAAAUGCCACAUGUUGGUCUUUCAUUACCCAAAGGGAAGAUUGAAGGUCCAGAUGUUGACAUCUCUCUGCCUAAAGGAAAAGUUGAAGGUCCAGAGAUGGAGAUUAAAGGAGAAGGAGGAAAAUUCAAGAUGCCACAUAUUAGUAUGCCUUCUGUUGACAUUUCACUGCCCAAAGGGAAGAUUCAAGGUCCAGAUGUUGACAUUUCUCUGCCCAAAGGAGAAGUUGAAGGUCCAGAUGUGGAGGUCAAAGGAGAUGCAGGAGGAAAAUUCAAAAUGCCACAUAUGAAAAUGCCACAUAUUGAUCUUUCAUUACCCAAAGGGAAGAUUGAAGGUCCACAUGUUGACAUCUCUCUGCCUAAAGGAAAAGUUGAAGGUCCAGAUGUGGAGAUUAAAGGAGAAGGGGGAAAAUUCAAAAUGCCACAUAUGAAAAUGCCACAUGUUGGUCUUUCAUUACCCAAAGGGAAGAUUGAAGGUCCAGAUGUUGACGUCUCUCUGCCCAAAGGAAAAGUUGAAGGUCCAGAUGUGGAAAUUACUGGAGAUGCAGGAGGAAAAUUCAAAAUGCCACAUAUGAAAAUGCCACAUGUUGAUCUUUCAUUACCCAAAGGGAAGAUUGAAGGUCCAGAUGUUGACAUCUCCAUGCCUAAGGGAAAAGUUGAAGGUCCAGAUGUGGAGAUUAAAGGAGAAGGAGCAAAAUUCAAGAUGCCACAUAUUAGUAUGCCUUCUGUUGACAUUUCACUGCAAAAGGGAAGAUUCAAGGUCCAGAUGUAUGACAUUUCUCUGCCCAAAGGAGAAGUUGAAGGUCCAGAUGUGGGGGUCAAAGGAGAUGCAGGAGGAAAAUUCAAAAUGCCACAUAUGAAAAUGCCACAUAUUGAUCUUUCACUACCCAAGGGGAAGAUUGAAGGUCCAGAUGUUGACGUCUCUCUGCCUAAAGGAAAAGUUGAAGGUCCAGAGGUGGAGAUUAAAGGAGAAGGGGAAUUCAAGAUGCCACAUAUUAGUAUGCCUUCUGUUGACAUUUCACUGCCCAAAGGGAAGAUUAGUCCAGAUGUCGAUGUCUCUCUGCCUAAAGGAAAAGUUGAAAGUCCAGAGGUGGAAAUUACUGGAGAUGCAGGAGGAAAAUUCAAAAUGCCACAUAUGAAAAUGCCACAUGUUGGUCUUUCAUUACCCAAAGGGAAGAUUGAAGGUCCAGAUGUUGAAGUCUCUCUGCCUAAAGGAAAAGUUGAAGGUCCAGAGGUGGAGAUUAAAGGAGAAGGCGGGAAAUUCAAGAUGCCACAUAUGAAAAUGCCACACAUUGACCUUUCACUGCCCAAGGGGAAGAUUGAAGGUGCAGAUGUUGACGUCUCUCUGCCUAAAGGAAAAGUUGAAGGUUCAGAUGUGGAGAUUAAAGGAGAAGGAGGAAAAUUCAAGAUGCCACAUAUGAAAAUGCCACAUGUUGGUCUUUCAUUUCCCAAAGGGAAGAUUGAAGGUCCAGAUGUUGACGUCUCUCUGCCUAAAGGAAAAGUUGAAGGUCCAGAGGUGGAGAUUAAAGGAGAAGGGGGGAAAUUCAAGAUGCCACAUAUUAGUAUGCCUUCUGUUGACAUUUCACUGCCCAAAGGGAAGAUUCAAGGUCCAGAUGUCGAUGUCUCUCUGCCUAAAGGAAAAGUUGAAAGUCCAGAGGUGGAAAUUACUGGAGAUGCAGGAGGAAAAUUCAAAAUGCCACAUAUGAAAAUGCCACAUGUUGGUCUUUCAUUACCCAAAGGGAAGAUUGAAGGUCCAGAUGUUGACAUCUCUCUGCCUAAAGGAAAAGUUGAAGGUCCAGAGGUGGAGAUUAAAGGAGAAGGAGGAAAAUUCAAGAUGCCACAUAUGAAAAUGCCACAUGUUGGUCUUUCAUUUCCCAAAGGGAAGAUUGAAGGUCCAGAUGUUGACAUCUCUCUGCCUAAAGGAAAAGUUGAAGGUCCAGAUGUGGAGAUUAAAGGAGAAGGAGGAAAAUUCAAAAUGCCACAUAUUAGCAUGCCAUCUGUUGACAUUUCACUACCCAAAGGGAAGAUUGAAGGUCCAGAUGUUGACAUUUCUCUGCCUAAAGGACAAGUUGAAAGUCCAGAUGUGGAAAUUACUGGAGAUGCAGGAGGAAAAUUCAAAAUGCCACAUAUGAAAAUGCCACACGUUGACCUUUCACUGCCCAAGGGGAAGAUUGAAGGUCCAGAUGUUGACAUCUCCCUGCCUAAAGGAAAAGUUGAAGGUCCAGAGGUGGAGAUUAAAGGAGAAGGAGGAAAAUUCAAGAUGCCACAUAUGAAAAUGCCACACAUUGACCUUUCACUGCCCAAGGGGAAGAUUGAAGGUGCAGAUGUUGACGUCUCUCUGCUUAAAGGAAAAGUUGAAGGUCCAGAUGUGGAGAUUAAAGGAGAAGGAGGAAAAUUCAAGAUGCCACAUAUGAAAAUGCCACACAUUGACCUUUCACUGCCCAAGGGGAAGAUUGAAGGUCCAGAUGUUGACGUCUCUCUGCCUAAAGGAAAAGUUGAAGGUCCAGAUGUGGAGAUUAAAGGAGAAGGAGGAAAAUUCAAAAUGCCACAUAUGAAAAUGCCACAUGUUGGUCUUUCAUUACCCAAAGGGAAGAUUGAAGGUCCAGAUGUUGACAUCCCUCUGCCUAAAGGAAAAGUUGAAGGUCCAGAGGUGGAGAUUAGAGGGGAAGGAGGAAAAUUCAAGAUGCCACAUAUUAGCAUGCCUUCUGUUGACAUUUCACUGCCCAAAGGGAAGAUUCAAGGUCCAGAUGUCAAUGUCUCUCUGCCUAAAGAAAAAGUUGAAAGUCCAGAGGUGGAAAUUACUGGAGAUGCAGGAGGAAAAUUCAAAAUGCCACAUAUGAAAAUGCCACAUGUUGGUCUUUCAUUACCCAAAGGGAAGAUUGAAGGUCCAGAUGUUGACAUCUCUCUGCCUAAAGGAAAAGUUGAAGGUCCAGAGGUGGAGAUUAAAGGAGAAGGAGGAACAUUCAAAAUGCCACAUAUGAAAAUGCCACAUAUUGAUCUUUCACUACACAAAGGGAAGACUGAAGGUCCAGAUGUUGACAUCUCUCUGCCUAAAGGAAAAAUUGAGGGUCCAGAUGUGGAGAUAGAAGGAGAAGGAGGGAAAUUCAAAAUGCCACAUAUGAAAAUGCCAAAAGUUGACAUAUCUCUUCCUAAAGGAAAAGCCUCAGUUGAAGGUCCAGAUGUGGAGAUUAAAGGAGAUGAGGAACAGUUGAAGAUGCCAAAUGUACAAAUAACAAUCCCUCAAGGAAAAGCAAAUAUUGACUCACCAGCAGAGAAAAUUGAGGCAGAGGGAGGAAUCAUCAAACUGCCACAUCUCAAAAUGCCAAAAGUUGAUAUUUCACUUCCUAAAGGUAAAAGCAGAGAUACUGAAGCACCUGCUAUAGAGAUGGAUGUCACAUCUCCAGGUCUGGACAAGGGAGCUCAUGGUGAAGCUGGUUUGCAUGUCGAGGGAGAGCACAAAGGUCUGAAAUUCAAGAUGCCAAUGUUAGAUAUCAAAGGUCCAAAAGGAGACUUAGAGCUUGAUUUAGGGAUUCACAGAGGACAGGGCAAGAAGGACAAGAAAAAAGUUGAACUCCCUGACUUGGACCUUAACACAGCAGGAGCCAGCAGCAAAGCAAAAAAAGGCAAAGGAAAAAAAUUCAAGAUUGGACUGCCAAAAAAGAAAGCUGAAGCUGAAGUUCUAAAUGGACACAAACAGGAUGGUAUUAACAUCCCAGUGCCAGAGGUUACACCGCCAAGCAUAAGUGUGAAAACAGAAAUAGGAGGAGUCUCACCAUCAGGCACAGAAAUCAAAGUCCCCAGGAUACCAGACAUAGACUUUGAUAUUGGUACAUCUCAAGAUGAAGAUGACGACAAAACAGAAAGCGGCAAGAAAAUCAAAAUCCCAAAGUUCGGCGUCCCAUUACCCUCCAUGUCCUCACCUGAUGAACGGAAGCAUAUCUAUGGACAAGAAAUUCAGUAUGAGGGCCCUAAAAUACCCAAAGUGAAGAAAGCUGUGUUUGUUUUGGUACAUCCUCCCUCAACAGACGAGACUACUGCAACCGCAGGCCUCCAAAAAGAGGAGAGGGUAGCUGAGAGUGAGACCGAGGAUGUCAAAGUAAAGAUGCCCAAAAUCAAAAUGAAGCCAAGCUUUGGGAAAUCCAAAGAUAAAUCGGCUGCUGCAGAAGAGGACAAGUCAAAGGGAGGGAAGAUGAAAAUGCCCAAAGUGACACUUUCUUCAGGCAAGGGGUCAGGGUCGUUGGACACAAAUCUCAAGGGAGAAGGUUCGAGUUCAAGUCUCAACGGCGAAAAAGAUCCUCACAAGGCCUCCAAGGAUGAUAAAGGGACAUUCAGUGGUAAAAUCAAACUUCCCAAGGUGGAGCUCACCACUCCGUAUGGCAAGACGGCUGCAAAGGAGGAGGACACGGAGAGGAGCGGGAAACUGGGAAUAGAUUCAUCACCAGGAGAAGUAAAACAAGACAAGAUGGACUAUGCGGGUUUCGCCAAGGAUACUUCAAAGGAUGUGGUGUCAUCUCAUGCCAGAACAGACAUGCUGGACAGGGACAACUCCGAGUCCCCGGCUAGUUUCACCAUGGAGUUCAGCUCAGCAAAGGUUCAGACAUGGAGCGAGUCUCAGGAGAGAGAGUCUUCGCACUGGUUCAAGGUUCCUAAAAUCACCCUGAAGCCACACUCCACAGGCUUCCUCCAGAUAACCCCAGAGGGUUCUCCUCAGGCCCAGCGGAAGGGUGAGAUGGGAGGGGAGGCCGACGUCACGGGGUCUUUCUGCCAGCACACAUCUGGCCUCGACUUUGCUACCCAGCAAAUGUCCGAAGAGCACCACGUCUCCUCCACCGAGGAGGGAACUGUCACCAUGGUGACCAAGACCACCAGAAUCACCCGGCAGGUGGUUACCAGAGAAACGACUACGGGGGAAACUUCAGCCACAACAACAACAACGACGACUCGCGACAUGUUGGACUACUGAGGAUGCUGUAAUGAUAUCUUUGUGUCUUUGUUUAUCUUUUUUUUUUCUUUUUUUUUUUGGUGAGGUUGCAGUGUUCUCGUAAACUAAACCUGCAACGUGACAAACCUCUCUGAAGUAAAACGUCUUUAUUUUAUAUUUUAAUCGAUGAGGUAUGAAUGUGAUGAACUGCAGAGGCGUUUCAUCUACCAGCAUUAUCGUCAUUAUCACAGCAACAGAGUAAUAUAUACUUUUUUUUUUUUUCAUUUUACAUGUGCCUAUAUUUUGUUACUGAGUUUUGUUAGUUUAGUCCCGAUUAUUUAUCUGAUUGUGUUUGGUUUUGAAAGGUUUCAUUAUCUGAAUGUAAGCUUCAUUAUUUAACGUUGUUUGUGAGUUUGAAAUCUGCUGGAAUUAGUUGUUUUCUCUCUUCGGCUUCAUGGAUUAGACCAUGACUUCAAAAACGAUGAACCACUACAGGAGCGGCCAGAGGAACAUUUAUGUAAAUAUAAUACUGAAUUAUUGCUUUUCUGGAGCAGUGUCCCUUCAAACCAAAGUGUAAUUAUUUUCAUAUUCAACAGAGCCAGGAGGUGAAAAGAUAUUUUUGGACCUGAUUUUGUUUGUCUUGGAGGAAAAGUGUGAGCUUUUAUUGAGAUAUUAGGAUAUUCUCAUUUUCUGCUGUAGGUUUUUAAUAGAUGCAUUUAGCUGGUGCUGUUUCCCUGAGACAGUCACUGUGACUUCUGCUGUGGGGAUCAAACCUGUGACCUUGUGGUCAUGGGUUGCUCCUGAACAUUUAGACCGACCUGCUGCUAAACCAUUUUAUAUUUAUGUUUUUACUGUACACUGCCAGAGAAAAUGACACCUUUUUUUUUUGUGAUUGAGCUUAAAGAUGCAACCGAGUGAUGCUGAGCUUUUGAAACUGAGCUGAGUUUCAAAACCUUUUCAGCCCGAUAGGAGGAAAUUUAGGGAUUUAAACCAGAAAGUCAGAGAGUUUUAGAAGUGAAACUGUAAACUGGCAUUAAUGUGAGGCUGCUACAAUGAGACAAGUUAAGGAGUGGCUAGCCUGAAGAAGAAGUGAAAGUCUUGGUAAAAAAGUAGUCUGUACACUGACAAUUUUAUUUUGACAAUGUACUUUUUUACUAUCACUAAAAUUACAUGUGCAACUAAAUAAAAGAGCUAUUUUUCAAGUGAAUGUAAAAGAUUUGAGAAUGAACACACUGGAUUUUAUUUUCACUGGUUUCCUUUCCUUGGUUGGUAUAGACGGAAUGAGAUGGUGUGAUAAAACGUAUGAUGACCUUCCAUUUAAUUAACAACUUUUACAAAUAAUUCCUGUUUUGCAGAUGAGAAAUUGAACUUUAAAAAGAGUAAUGACGUGUUAUGGUCACGCUAAAUAAAUAAUACCUGCAUAUACAGAGAUUCCUUGCCUUUCUGGUUUAAUAAAGUCUUUGCAUUUCUUUUAGAUUCCGAGGGUUUCGGUGCCAAGUGUUUUGUCAGUGCUGCAUUGGAGAGAAUGUUAAGAUGUUACAUGAAUAAAAUAAGAUUCAAACUAA